AUUUGUGAGAAAAAACAUAAGCAAAAUAAGAAAAAGUGAGGGAAGAAGCAAGAAAAAAUCACCAAUUUACCUCAAAGUUUCCCAAUGGAUCUUUAUCCAAACAAAACUAACAAUGUUUCCUAUGAGAGAUCAAAAUGGAAAGGUAAGGAGACGCUGAUCAUGACAAUCCACAAACGCCAUUUUAAAGAGACGGUUCAUCGCCUCACCGGCUCUACCCAGGGCCAUCGUUUUGAUAUGUCCCCUCCUCCGCCAUUGGUUGUUAACAAUUCCCGACCAAGUGUCUCUCGUAUUACUACUCAACCUUAUCGAUUUCCUACGGUUUCGAGUACUACUAAUGCCGUGAUCCCCUCAACGGUUGAAUCACUCAACACUCAACCUCCGUCUCCACCAUAUCUUCCUCUGUCACCGCCUUCUCAUCGAGAACAAGAGUCAGUGGAAGCUCGGGUGGAUACUAUUUCGCAGGACUUUGAGAACAAUAUUAUAGAAGACGAUAUGAACCAUGAACAGUUGCAUGGGUCUACGUUGCCUCCUCUGUUCGCAAAUGGUGAUGAGAACAUUCCUCCUUCACCAGUUCAGCCUCAUUCUCCAAACAAUCAAGGAUCAGAGAACAUUACACCAUCAGCAGUUCCAACGAGUGCACCGUUCAGAUCUUUUGAGUGGCUUAUGUCUCCUAAUAAUCUACAAACAGAGAACAUUCUACAACCACCAGUUCCAACGACUUUACCGUUCGAAUCAUUAGAUCAGGCCAAUUCUAUGAACGAUCUACUAUCAGAGGACAUUCCUCCACCAGUUAUGGUGCCUUCACCGUACGGAUCUUUAUAUUGGCAAGUGCCAGAUCCUCCAAACGGUCCACUCUCUCCGAGCUUGAUUCAACGAUCUCUCACACAAGUUCCGGAAACUUCACAGUUAUGGAGUGUAGACUGGCCUAAUCCUCUCAACGAUAUACGACCGGAGAACGUUCCACUACUGGUUCCGGCAGCUUCACCGCUAUGGAGUCUAGACUGGUCCAACUUUCCGAAUUAUCUACAACCAGAGAACGUUCUACCUUUCGUUCCGGCGACUUCACCGUUAGACUGCCCAAAUAUCCAGAACAAUCUACAAGAGAACGUUCCACCAUUGGUUCCGGCGACUUCACCGUCAAUGAGUCUAGACUGGCCUAAUUUUCAGAACACUCCAGCACCAGUUCCGGCAGGUUCACCGUUAUGGAGUCUAGACGGGCUUAACUAUCCCAACUAUCUACAACCAGAGAACCUUCCACCACUAGUUCCGGGGAUUUCACCAGUAGAGUGGUCAAAUUCUGAAAACAAUCUACCACUGGAGAACGUUCCACCAUUGGUUCCGGCGACUUCACCGUUAAUAAUCCGAGAAAACACUCCACCACCAGUUCCAGUGACUUCACCGUUAGGGAAUCUAGAGUGGCCAUUUGACCGAUCAAUAUACCUCACCUGAUAUUCCUGUCAUCUCUAACCUCUAUGCCUUGGCCCAUGAGGGGGCUGCUUCCAAACCUGAAUCAGUGUUUUUUUUUUCAUUUCUAUUGUUGGUGUUCUUGGUUUAUGUUUUUGUAACUUUUGCUGCUUUUGUUUCAUGUUUCUGUUGUUAUCUUCGUUUUUCUAUGUGACAACUUCUUUGUGAUC